AUGGGUUCCGUAUCUCGAAUAGGGUUGUUUCGCAGGGAAAGGAGAAUGUUGAUAGUUUUAAUAUGUGGCUUUGUACUGUGGAUAUUUAGCAAGGGCUUCACAUUGCGUUCUUACACAAUACCGGAGAUACAUACACUUUUGCAGGACGAAGAACUAUAUCCGGAAAUCGGUGAAGAGAAUGAAGAAAUUUAUUUGGAAAAAGAAAAUGGCACUUUUUACACGUACAUUCCAGAUAUAACAACGGUAGAGCCCCUUUUAAGGACAGUUCGAUCCAUAGAAGGGAGUUUUAACCGAAAAUAUGGCUAUGAUUGGGUAUUUGCAUUUUUUGAUGCCGGAUCGGAGAAGUUUCCUGAUGAGCUUAAAUCAAGGUUAGAUCAUAUGAUAUCAGGAAGUGUUCAUUUCGAAGAAAUAACCUUGCAAAAUGUACAUUUUGGGCUACCAAAGGAUAUUGAAAUAGGUAAUCUACGUACAAACGGAAUGACUGCAGGACAUUAUGGAUUGAUUCCAAAUCAUAGAUAUCUUAGCUUUAAGCUAAAGAAUCGAUUUGCUGCAUAUGGAUUUCAGUUUUUACCAUCACUUCAACAGUUUAAAUAUGUUUGGAAUGUGGACGUUGGAACCGAAGUAAAAUGCGAUAUCCAGCAGGAUAUGUUUAAAAAAAUGACUGAUGAACAGUUACUUUAUGGAUUUUCGUAUGCACCUGUUGAAUCAAUACUUGGUGUUAGAACUCUUUUUGAAUGGUUCGAGAAAUUUAUGGCCACAGACGAAGGGAAGAUUAUCAAUGAUGAUCAUAUGCUAGAUUUUGUCAGGGACGCGGAGGAUGUGCACAAAUAUAAUCUAUGCAACUUAGAAAGUAACAUGGCAAUUAUCGAUAUGGAUCUAUUGAGAACGCAGCAUUAUAAGUUAUUUUUCGAAUACAUGGAUUCCGCUCUUGGAAUAUUUUACGAUAGAUGGACAGAUUAUAAUCUUAAAACAUUAUAUUUAAGCGCAUACGCUCCGAAAAGCAAAAUACUUUGGAUACCAUCAACUGGUUACAGUGAUGCAUUAUACAGAAUGUCGUGCCCAUUAGAUGAAGAAAGCAGAAUGAAGCAUGGAUGUACAUGUGAUCCUAGGUAUGACCUUGCUUUUAGUCGAUCGAGCUGCCUACGGUAUUUCCUCAACAUUGAAGGGAUCCAGUUACCACCAGGCGUUCGUCCAACUGAAAAAAUCGACAUCCGCUUUAAACGCACAAGAGCGAAAGGUGAAUUUUUUGAGAAGCAAUAUCAACGUUUAGAAUCUGAUUAUGAAAAAAUAUUCAUGCCACGAUGA